AAAAUCAAAUAGUUAUUAAUCAACAAACUAAAGCAAUUAAUCUCCAAUUUUACUUACCCAAUAUUACCUCUUUAUCUCUUAGUACUGGUCACUACAAAACUAAAUCCAAACCUGGCUUAUUACAUAUACUGAUAAUGAAUACUCUCAAUAUUAGG